AGCGCACGCAUAAAGCGAUUUUAGAUUUUACACUGUGCGUAACUAAGUAGCAAUUUUCUUACGGAUCUCUUAGUUUUUGAAAAUAAAAUAUAUCUAAUAGCGUUUCUCGAUAAAUGGUCUAUCUAACACUGAAAGAAUUAUUCAAAUCGGACUAGUAGUUCGUGAGAUUAGCGCGUUCAAACAAACAUACAAAAACUCUGCAGCUUUAUAAUAUGAGUAUAGAUUUAAGUUAUAAUUAAAUGAUCCUACUAAUAAUGACCACUUAGAGUAAUAUUCAUAUUCAGCUUCUAAUAGAAUUGACGCCUCUUUGGAGAUUAUUUAGACUAGCGACUCGAAUGCAUAAGAGCUGGCAACACCUUUAACAGUUUAAUUUUUGUAAGAUUAGAAUAAUAUGACUUUAGUUUUUUUUUUAAUUAAUGCUAUGGCUUCAAUCGCACUGGAAUCGUAAAAUAUUUUUCCAAUGUCAACGUUUUUAUUUGUUGGACGAAUUAUAAUCUCGAGUAUUGUAAGGAGGAAACACGGAGUUUGUCGAAUGGAAUAAGGGAAUUAAUUUACUUUCAACAAGACGACGUGUGCAGACUUUGCUGGAGUAGGAACGCUUUCACACAAGUUAUAGAAAUAUCUCCGAAUAUGUCGUGUGGGAAUGAGAAUUAUUUUCAAAAAAUAACAGAAUGCUUGGAUAUAGAUCUAACAAAAUAUGAUCAUCCUAACAAAGCAUGCGACAGUUGCUUGGAUCAAAUUAACAAAUUUCAUGACUUUAAAAAAUUUUGCCAAGAAACAGAUAGGAGGUUGAGAGAAAUUUUUGAAAAUCAACACAACAUCAUCAAAAAAGUCGGAAGACAAAGCACUAUAGUGGAGAUCUUUGAUUGUUUACAAACCGACAGCGAAAAUGAAAAAAAAGAAAUUAAAAAGUCUUGGCGUUACAAACCGAAGCGAACACCUACGUAUUGCAAUAUAUGUAGAAUAGAUUUUAAAACUUUAGAAAAAUUCAGCGAACACAGUUCUCAAGAGCACGGCAUCGAAAGUGGGCUGUACAAAUGUUUUGGUUGCGAGAAGAGGUUCAAAAAUCGAAAAACGAGACUUGGCCAUGAGCUGAAAAUUUGUAAAAAUCUUAAAAAUGGGUAUAGAUGUGGCAUUUGUAAUAGAUAUCUCCCGAGACGAGGCUUGUACGAGACACAUAUGAGAGACCACAGAGGGAAUGUACCAAUGAAGCUUCCGAAUGACCUAUUCAAGUGCAGAAAGUGUGACAAAGUGUUUGACACAAACGACAAUCUCUCGAGACAUGUCUCCGAACAUGACUUGAAUGAGGACAAUUAUAUAUGUGAGAAAUGUGGUCGCGUAUUCACAAGGAAGGACUACCUGCACAAGCACAAACUAACGCACACAGGCGAAAAACAGCACACAUGUCCGCACUGCGACUUCCGGACUAUACAGAGGUCGUCGCUGAUUGUUCAUAUAAGGAAGCACACCGGCGAACGACCCUACAAAUGUAGCGUGUGUCCGCAACGGUGCAUCUCCAGUUCAAACCUGAGAGCACAUCAGCAAAGACACUUGGGUCUCAAAGUCCAUGAGUGUACAAUCUGCAAUAAAAAAUUCGGUUAUAAAAUAAGUUUAAAAGAGCACAUGUCGACGCAUGCUCCGUCGAGUUACUCUUGCGAUCAGUGCAGCUCGACUUACUCGAGACUGAGAGGGUUAAGGCGACAUGUGCUGACGAAACAUGGAACCAGAAAGGAGGGAAUAUGAUAGCACCUUGCGUUCAGUGGUUUACAGCUAAAGAAGUGAUAUCCCCGAUGAUAUUUUAAGUUUAUGGUGUGAUAUAUAGUUAGUGAUUAGAUGGAUUGUGUGAUUAUUCUAGCCCUGUACUUUGGUACAGUGUAAGUAUGUAAUAUAUAUAUAUAUAUAUUGUAUUAUAUAUAUAUAUAUAUAUUGUAUUAAAUGGGACUACAACGGAGGGUCUUAAUUACAGCACAGCAGGUAAUUUUGUUGGAUUAUUAUUAUACUUAAUUAAGAAUUAGGUUUGGACUUGGGUAUUGUUUGGUAAUAUUUGUAGAAAAUAUGAAACCAAUAAACUGUAGCUUCGUUGUCGAAGUUUACAAUCAGAAAUAAAGUAACAAGGUGCUUAAGAGACACCCAU